AUGCCAUCUCAUGCAGUUAUCCCGCAGCAAAGCCGGACUCAACCUCUACAGUCCAGCCGCGGGACGCUCAGACACAGGUUGCCCGACGCCUUGUUCGCCAGCAUCGAAGAUUUACAGCGCAACCUGGACGACUUCAAAACCCAACUUCGAGGAACCACAGCUCCCGAGCAGCCAGGACCAGGACCUGCGAACCCAACUCCGCCAGAAAUACUUCCACUAGCUCGAAGUCCACCUAGAGACGAGCAGGACGAUGUCGCCCCUGUGAAACGGCAACUGGAUCCAGACAUCCUCGAUGUAUAUGCUGGCCCGACCAGUUACGCGUUUGGAAUGGUUACAGCAGAUGCAAGGCUUUCCAACCUCACCCCAUCCAGUAGGGAAUUUGCGACAACUGAUAGCCCAUCGCCCCCAGCAAUUGUGGCUCCUGCACCCUCACAAUCAACUGCUCAACCCGCUGAAGCUUGGGAAGCCCACGGCGAAACUUCGCUGGAGAAAUUCACCCUCGACGACGCCGUACAUUGCCUGGACACCUUCCAAGCUGUGUUCGGCGUCCUCCAUCCUCAGCCGCAUCUUGAGAAGAUACGGCUCAGCUUGCCUAGCCUGUUAAGAUCUGCUAAAAGGUCACUCUGGAGUCGGCCAACCACUCCAGGACACUGUGGGCUCUUGGAAAUGUUUAAACUCAUCCUGGGAAUCGCCUUGGUUGCCCAGACCGGAGGUAGAACAACGUUGUCAGACACCCUUUACCAGAGUGUAGAGCCUACCAUCGCUGCUGCUGUCUUCCAACGCUCCAUCAGUCAUGACUUUCGGGCUUUGUUACUGCUCGCGGCUAUAUUCCACUUCUCCAAUGAAGAUCUAGUCCUUGGAUCCAGAGCCAUCAUGUAUGCGGCACGCACCGCUGUUGAAGAAGGGCUCUAUCGAAUUGAAAAGCUCUCGGUCCUUGUCCCCGAUGAAAAGGAACGCCAGGCGAUCAUCCGGCAGCUAUGGAGCUUGUUUGUACUGGACCGUCAGCUCAAUUUCGCCGCAGGGCUACCACAUCAUCUCGGUGACAAUGAUGUCGACCUACCCCCUCCUGUCGGCGACGGCUACCUCGCUGCAAUGGUCAGCUACGUGAUAUUCGGGGCGCAAGCAUGGAACUCGCUGGUGAACCGAAACCUAUUGGCCAGCGGACAAGCUCCGUCUAAAGAUGCAAUGAACUUUUUCCACUACCAGGUCCAUCAAUGGCAUCAGGAUUUGGACCCUUCGGUAUGCUUUGACCCCGCGGCGAUAGAAUCGGACGACCACAGCUUUUUCACCUCUACAUCUGAUGAAAUGGAGGUAUAUCGCAAGACCCUCCUGUAUCUCCGCGCAAAUCAGAUCCAAAUCCUCGUCCUCCGUCCCAUCCUCAUCUAUCCCCAGACUGCUCGCAACAAUACCGCCCUGGUAAUGGAAGCUAUCAGCUUGGCUAAAAAGUCUAUCCGGACGUUGAGAGUUUUGGCCACAGACGUCUAUUUCUAUAGAACAAGGCAAGCACUCUUCAACCACUUUCUAUCCUCGUCGUUGGCAGUUCUCUUUCUGGCAGCAGCAUACGACGCAGAAACCCGGGCAAAUAAAGCCGGAUCUCUGGACAGUGCAGCCACGCUACUGGAGGACUCAACGAUUGAGCUUCAGCAGGGCCUCGAUUUGAUCGAUUUCCAUCGCUCUCAUUCGCACUCGGCUGCGCGGUUGUGGACACGCUUCUACCGGCCAAGACAGCAGCUGAUCCGACUGGGUAUCUUACCAAGCACUGCUGAGACAAGAUAUCAACAAGAUCAGCAUCCUCACCAAGGCUCAACAAGCGCAGGUCGAACCGACACGCCGGAACAGGAAGAGCGCCACGUAGCCGGUAUAGUUACCGACGGACACACUGGACCAAGCGGAGCGGGGGAUCUUGAUUCCCAGCUGGAUGUGUCGGUUCCUGUCGGCUUUGAUCCGGCGACUUUUGAUCCUGAGAAUAAUCUACUGUGGGUAGACUGGUUUGAUGGGGCAUUCAUGGAUACCUCGGUCCCAUUUGGCAUGCCGGCAUGGAUGUGA